AUGAAGAUGUUCACGAGUAGCCAGAAGGGCGACAUCCAUGAGGUCGUCACGCCCGCUGAGAAGAAGAUCUCCAUACCGUCGGGUCGGCGUCUUUCGGCCAUCAUGGCAGCCCAAGCUCCGUCGCUUCCUCCUCGCUCGGCCCUCCGCAACAAAACCAUCCACGACAUCGAAGAGUCGUCCACAAGUAGCGUGCUCAGGGGCAAAGGAAGAACCAGCAGCACCGUUUGGGCCGAUGGAGGUGUCUUCGCGCGAGACGGGAACAAUCGGCGCGCCGCGAAACGCAGAGGAUUGUGGAAAUUACUUCUCAUCGCAGCCAUCAUGGUUGCCGCCAUCAUCGCCCUGUCCCUCGGCCUGGCCUUCGGCCUGCGGAAAACCAAAAGCAAUGACAGCGCGUCGAGCAGCAGCGCUUCGGCUGAGUCUGAUUCUUCAAGCAACAAGCAAAGCUCAAGCAGCACUCAAAGCUCAAGCGCUAGUCAAUCCUCUGGAUCGACCUCGUCUUCAACCGUCAGCGCCGACUUCCCGAUUGGAACCUAUUCUUUUACUACUUUCCUCGACACCGUGACGCCGGAUUGUGCGUCGAACAGUGCCACAUGGACUUGCUAUCCAUAUGUCAUCUACAAUAGCAACAAGCAAAAGGCCAUGACCACGCUCGACUGGAUCAUCACCGGCUCCGAGGGAAACUACAAGAUCUCGUCAACAGACAACAAGUUGGCGAUUGACUUUGAGGAUGUAGACCUUGUGCUCUACAGCGAGGGACAAGACAGCGAACGUUAUCAUUUCCAAUUCACCAUGGACAAGGAGGUGGUUCCUUCGACGUCCAUCACAGACGACGACUCCAGCACCGUCUGCUACUUCAACUCGACCAUAUUCACCGGUUACCUGUACACGAAAAUGGAAAAGGACUACCCGACCGAUGACACAUCCGACAACCCAUGGCCUUUCGCGGUUCGCGCAGAGCAGUCUGUCGGAGGUGGAGAAAAUGUGCCUAAUUGCUACAAGACGGAGAAUGGGCGGAUCACGAAGCAGAUCACCGACGGAUUGGAUGCAAUGGGCGCCAGUACGCUCUGCAGCUGUCUGUACAGGAACUAUCUAACAAAGUAG